AUGGGCAGUAUUGGUAGCGCCAACGCCGCUUUGCAUCUCAGCGCUGAUAUUAUCAUUAUCGGGGGAGGCUUCUCCGGUCUUUACGCACUAUACAAAGCACGCGAGCUCGGCUUGACAGUGAAACUGAUCGAGGCCGGCUCUGAUUAUGGCGGCACAUGGCAUUGGAAUCGAUAUCCUGGUGCAAGAGUCGACACCGAGACUCCGUACUAUUCCCUGUCCAUUCCCAAACUGUGGAAAACAUGGACAUGGACUGAGCGAUUUCCUGGGCAUGAAGAGUUGAGAGCAUACUUCAGGCACUGUGGGACGACUCUAAACGCAUAUGAAGACACGUACUUCAACACAGUCGUUGAUGGAGUCUCUUUCAGGGACGGCAAAUGGCAUCUGAAUAUACGAGACGAAGGUACCGCUGUCUGCAAAUACCUCGUUCUAUCCACCGGCUCCUCAUAUAAGAGACACUAUCCUAACUUUAAGGAUAUGGAGAAGUAUAAGGGCCAGCUUGUACACUCGGCAGCCUUUCCCGAGGGUGGUCUCGAUGUCAAGGGCAAGCGAGUUGCUGUAAUUGGAAACGGCGCCACUGGCGUGCAAAUCGUGCAGGAAUUGGCGAAGGAAGACUGCGAUCUGACAGCAUACAUUCGAACGCCAAACAUUGCAUUGCCAAUGAAGCAGCGUAAGAUGUCUGCCGAGGAGCAGGAGGCUGCUAAGUCAUUCUACGGAGCUGCUUUUCAGAGUGCAAAAAACUGUCGGUCAGGGUUUCCCUACAACACAACGACCAAGCUUCUCAGCGAGGUAUCGGAAGAGGAAUGGAAAGCACAAUUCGAGGAGCUCUGGGAAAGGGGCGGCUUCUCAUUCCUGCUCUCGAACUACCGAGACUUUCUGGUCUCGAGGGACGUCAAUAAAGUGUUCUACAAAUUCUGGGCCGAGAAGGUCAGAGAACGAAUGAAAAACCCGGAAAAACGUGACAUUGUCGCACCGUUGGAUCAGUCCAUCUUGUUCGGGACAAAAAGAUCUUCGCUCGAGCAAGAUUACUACGAGAGUCUGGACCGAGACAACGUAACGGUCCUCAAUCUCAAACAAUCUGGCCUAUCUCAUUUUACAGAGAAGGGGAUAGUGACUGCCGACGGCAGAGGACGAGAAUACGACAUCGUGGUACUUGCGACAGGCUACGACAGCCUCACGGGCAGUCUGACAGACCUUAACAUCGAAGACACCUCCGGCCGGCUGCUGCAGGAAAAGUGGAAGCAGGCCACCUACACCUACCUUGGGCUGAUGAUUGACGGCCUGCCCAACGCGUUCCUAACGUACAGUCCCCAGGCUCCAACAUCGCUCGCGAACGGUCCACCCAUCAUCGAGAUUCAAGUGGACUGGAUCGUCGACGCCAUUAAGAAAAUGCGGGACGAGGGUAUCGACACCAUCGUACCUCGCUUCGAAGCAGCAGAGAAAUGGCGCGAGGAUAUUCAGGAGAUGAAUUCCAAAACACUGUUUCCAUAUACGGAUUCUUGGUAUAUGGGCGCCAACAUCCCUGGCAAACCUCGUGAGCAGUUGAUAUAUCUGGCUGGCGUGGACGUGUAUGCGAAGGAGGUCAGGGAGGCACUAGAUGGCUGGAAAGGUUUCGAUGUAAGAAUGACGACACAGAAGGAGGCUAAGGAUGCACAGUCUGGUGUUGAGUCCUUGCAUCUGACGGAGAAGUGA